CAGGUCGUGGGCUGACGCCGUGCAGGCUGCUGGGAGAAUGGGUCUCCUCCUCUCUUCCCCGAUUGUGUGGGGGCUGUCAUUGACCUGGCGUCGCUGCAAAACCGAAGUCGCUGAAUGAUGAUGUUGUGAAGUGGCCCGCCCGUCCCUGCCACGCCCAGGUAGUUUUUGGCAGCGGAGGCCGCGCAGGCUGCUGCUCUCCAGCUGCCGCUUCAUUGGAGACUUUUCCCUGAGGGAGCUUGGGCGUUGGACGGAGGACGCCAGGUCAUUCCUGUCAUGACCAUCCAAGGUGUGAUAAUCACAUGAGAGCACUCUGCUCCAGAUGUCAUUUGACUCAUCAAACAAAAAUCUGCUUAAAAGCAAAUAUCCCUUUGACCAGAACCUUUCUUUAUUCAAUGGCUUGAUGGAUUUCCUUUACUCUGAUUCAAACCAAAGCUAUCCUUCUCAACCAAAACAAAAAAGGAUCUUGCAUGAGUCAAUCCCAGGAUGCCACUUUUACAGCACCAAUGGGUGAAGAAAACCUCAUGAAUAUCAAUCACAGAGACUCAGAGAGCAUCACUGAUGUCUGCUCCAAUGAAGAUGUCCCUGAAGUUGAGCUUGUGAGCCUGCUAGAAGAACAACUACCCCAGUAUAAGCUCAGAGUGGACUCUCUAUUUCUUUAUGAAAACCAAGAUUGGACUCAGUCCCCACACCAGCAGCAACAUGCAUCUGACACCCUCUCUCCAGUACUUGCUGAAGAGACUUUCCGUUAUAUGAUUCUAGGCACAGACAGGGUGGAGCAGAUGACCAAAACUUACAAUGACAUCGACAUGGUUACACAUCUCCUGGCAGAGAGGGAUCGUGAUCUGGAGCUAGCUGCUCGAAUUGGACAAGCUCUCUUAAAGAGGAACCAUGCAUUGUCUGAGCAGAAUGAAACCCUGGAGGAGCAACUGGGACAAGCCUUUGAUCAAGUUAAUCAACUGCAGCAUGAGCUGUCCAAGAAAGAUGAGUUGCUUCGAAUUGUCUCCAUUGCUUCUGAAGAGAGUGAAACUGAUUCCAGCUGCUCUACACCUCUUCGCUUCAAUGAGUCCUUUAGCUUAUCUCAAGGUUUGCUGCAAUUGGACAUGCUGCAAGAAAAGCUCAAGGAACUGGAAGAAGAGAAUAUGCUUCUUCGAUCCAAGGCUUGUCACAUAAAGACAGAAACUAUUACCUAUGAAGAGAAAGAACAGCAGCUUGUCAGUGAUUGUGUUAAAGAACUUCGUGAAACCAAUGCUCAGAUGUCCAGAAUGACUGAAGAAUUGUCUGGGAAGAGUGAUGAACUGAUUCGAUACCAAGAAGAGAUUUCCUCUCUCUUGUCUCAGAUUGUAGAUCUUCAGCACAAACUUAAAGAACAUGUGAUUGAGAAGGAAGAACUGAGACUUCACCUCCAAGCUUCCAAAGAUGCCCAAAGACAAUUGACGAUGGAGCUUCAUGAGUUACAAGACAGGAAUAUGGAGUGUCUCGGAAUGCUACAUGAAUCUCAAGAAGAAAUAAAGGAACUUCGCAGUAGAUCUAGCCCUGCAGCUCAUCUCUACUUCUCUCAGCCAUAUGGAGUUUUCUCUGGGGAAUCUCUGGCAGCUGAGAUUGAGGGGACCAUGCGUAAGAAGUUGAGUUUGGAUGAGGAAUCUUCUCUCUUUAAACAAAAAGCCCAACAGAAACGGGUAUUUGACACUGUCAAGGUUGCCAAUGACACCCGGGGUCGCUCUGUCCCAUUCCCAAUUCUACUGCCCAUCCCAGGCUCCAACCGCUCAAGUGUCAUCAUGACAGCAAAACCAUUUGAAUCUGGCUUAGAACCAACAGAGAGCAAAACAACCCAGAAGAGUAACUUGGAGGAAGAUCCAGGGAACAUCCAGAAGACGGAUCAACCAGGACCCUCUACAGAGAGCGAUUUGGCAACAGCACUUCAUCGCCUCAGUCUGCGGCGACAGAACUACUUAAGUGAGAAGCAGUUCUUUGCAGAAGAAUGGCAGCGGAAGAUCCAAGUUCUGGCUGACCAGAAAGAAGAGGGUAGUGGCUGUGGCACGCCCACAGAGAGCCUGGCCUCCCUCUACACCGACCAGUCGGAGACCACAGACCUAAGCAGUGCCAGUUGCCUUCGAGGUUUUAUGCCUGAAAAAUUACAAAUUGUCAAGCCCCUUGAAGGAUCACAAACUCUGCAUCAAUGGCAGCAACUUGCUCAACCAAAUUUAGGAACCAUUCUUGACCCACGACCAGGUGUCAUCACUAAAGGCUUUACCCAGUUGCCCAAGGAUGCCAUCUAUCACCUCUCAGAUUUAGAAGAAGAUGAAGAGGAGGGUAUCACUUUUCAGGUUCAGCAACCUCUUCAAGUGGAACAGAAAACAUCAGUAUCCCAGCCAGUAACAGGAAUCUUCCUGCCACCCAUGACUUCAGCUGGUGGUCCAGUUACAGUUGCAACCUCAAACCCAGGCAAGUGUCUGUCCUGCACAAACUCGACAUUUACCUUCACCACCUGUAGGAUAUUACAUCCCUCUGAUAUCACUCAGGUUACCCCCAGCUCUGGCUUCCCUUCCUUAUCCUGUGCAAGCAGUGGUAGCAGUUCAUCAAACACAGCAGUGAAUUCUCCUGCCGUGUCCUACAGGCUCAGCGUUGGUGAAUCUAUCACUAACCGACGAGAUUCCACCAUAACCUUCAGCAGCACCGUGAGCUUGGCCAAACUUCUACAGGAGCGAGGCAUCUCCGCUAAAGUGUACCACAGCCCAAUUUCAGAGAUCCCUCUCCUCCAGCCUCUCCCUCGAGGCCUAUCUACCCCUUCCACACCACCAAAUUCACCAUCUCAUUCACCUUGCCCUUCUCCUUUGCCCAUGGAGCCUCGAGUGCAUGUCUCUGAAAAUUUUUUGGCCUCCCGACCAGCAGAAACGUUCCUCCAAGAGAUGUAUGGCCUGAGACCAUCCCGAAACCCUCCUGAUGUUGGCCAGUUGAAGAUGAACUUAGUGGACAGGCUGAAGAGACUGGGGAUAGCCAGAGUGAUCAAGACCCCCGAGGCCCAGGCAAAUGGAAGAAGCCAAAAAGCAGAAAAUGGUCUUCAAAGACCAAACUCUGCUGUCUAUUUAAAUUCAGGGAGCAAUUUACUGAGUGGACUGAGGAGGAAUCAGAGUCUUCCAGUCAUGUUGGGUAGCUUCAGCACCCCAGUUUGCACAUCAUCCCCCAAAAUGGAUAUCCUGAAGGAGGAUUGAAGUUCAGCAGUUGACUGACGUCUUAUCAAGUUAGCACAUGAAGGAAAGAUUUGCACUGUUUAUAUGUAGUCUUGUCUGAGAGAAAAGGAAUGUCGCAGAAGGGUUGUGAAUGUAGAAAGGGGAGGGUGAAAGAAUGGAAACAGGAUUAGCAUGAGGUCUGUCUGAUAACUUGAAAGUAUAAAUGAAUGGGUCAUGAGUAUUUGGAGGCAAGGGAAAGAAAAAAGGUUGAAUGUAGUCCUUCAGUUGGUUUUUCUUGUCUUGAAAAUAAAAAGUGACUAGAAAAUAAAUCCAGUAAUUUUGAAACACACUAGAAAUACUGAACUUCCUAGUACACUUACUUCUGGUGAGCGUAAGCAGGAAGGACCUAGGUUAGGAGAUGGGAUAGAAGAAGAAGCAGCUUGGACCACUGCCUUUAGAAAGCUGUUCCAGAAGGUUGCUGGGGUAAACUCGGUCUGUUACUGAGACGACAGUGAUAUGGCUUUUAUGUUGGCCCCUGUUAACGUCUGGUUAAAUUACACAUCCAUCAGAAAGUAAGCUCACUGCAUUAUCAAACAAGGAAUUUCACCUUUUUCAUAAGAUCAGAGUAGUGGAGACUCCCUUUUUGCUUUCUGUUUUCAGGACUUUGAACCCCUGGGAGCCCAAACGUCAUCCACAUUCCUUUUGCACUUGUGAUUAAUAAGUGUUCAGUUUUUUAAUUUGUAUUUUUAUAUAGUAUCCCCCUCAAACAGUAUAAGUUGGGGAUGGGGGUAGGAAGGAUUUAUUUUAAGAAGGGAAGUGUGGGUACAUUGGAACCAAGGCAUCUCGUUUUCAGAAUAUUUAUUCUGAAUAAAUGUAAUGACCAAGUUGUAUGAACAUAGUUACAUGUCUUUCAGAUUUCCUUGGAGGCUGGAAAGGUUAAACCAGAAGUGCAAUCCAUAGGAAUUUGAGAAUGUUGUGUGUUUAUGUCCGUAAGGUUUUUUGUAAGGAAAGUUGAUUGCAAGUAAACUUUUUCCAAAAUAUGCUAUGCAUGUUUUUAAUGAAGAAUGACAUGUAUUUGCACAAAAAUUCUCAGGCACAGUCUAAUAUUAUAAACUGAAGUAAAACCCAGGUGCUUGCUUUGAGAUUGUUUUUUAAUAUAAAAUAAAAUUAAGACACAUUUGCCUUUUUAUUAAUAUCUGUAGAAUUAGAGAAUGAACUUUUCAAUGGAAAAGUCAAAGCUUUUGUUUUUUCUCUGGGAUUCUGUUUUUGUUUUUAACUAUGUGAAAUGGCAAAGUGAAACUCGGGGAUUAGGUUUCAGCUUCCAGCGGUGUGAUGCAAGGCUGUGAAUUAGGAAGAAACAGACCUGUUUUUUGAGUAUUGCUGACCAAGGUCUUUAUCUCGGCCGUGAAGUUCAGAAAGAAAUGCCAUCACACAAAAGGCAUAAUAGAGAGAAGCUAGAAGGGGGCUAGUUAUUUUUGAAAAGGGGAGACAUGUUACUUGAUCUUUUCAGUGUUUCAUUAGCAGAUUUUUUGCCCCUUUGUUCUGACUUAAAGUGCAAGGCCUUUUCUGAAGUAUUCUUGAUGGGAGCGUUGCUCCUGGGGCUCCCAUCCGUACACCUGUUACAGACCAGAGGAGGGCCUUCUCUCUUCUCGAGCUGCUUAUUGUGCUCAAAGCACACAUGCAGUAGUAAAAUGUGUGGGUUUUCUGUGCUUUUUACAGAUCUUUUAAUAAGACUUUUCUAAAUAAAUUUCUCAAAAUUAAAAGUGAGAGUGUCCUUUCCCUAUUCUCUCCCCCUUGCUCAGUCCUUCUGAAGUCAGAAGACUGUAUACGUAGAUGUUCAGAAAGGAUUCCAGCUGGCAUGUAAGUGAAUGUCAGUGUCCUGAAUGUGAACCAGAAGAAUUCCUGAUGCUUCAAUUUCUAAAAUAUUCCCAUUUUAAAUGAUAAUAUUUGAGUUUCUACUUCAUAAAGUAACUCUGGGGUGCUUAUUUUAGACAAUUCUUUAAGCUUUUUAUUUAUUCUCUAAGAAAGUAAUCUUCUUAUUGCCAGUUGCCGAGAAACAUCAGGAUCUAGGAAAAUGUAGGGCCAGAGAGUAGUACAAAGUGUUAAAUUAUCAGAGUUUAUGUAUAUUAUAUAAACAGCUAUAAAUUAAGCAAGAUUUGGGCAUGUUGUGUAUAAUUAGUAUAUUUGUAAAAUAACUGAUGCUAAAAUGAUCGCUUUAGAGGCAGGGCAAGAGCGUAUUCACAGCCAAAUAAGCCUGUCUGAUUAAAGAAAAUCAGACUUUGGUUCUUGAAAAUUAAACUGAUGUUGCUGUUCCACCAGAAACACAAGGAUUAUAAACUGAUGCUUGCUUGUCUCUAGAAAUGAAUUCUGUUUUGAAAUUGGGUUUUGUCGUUUUUGAAAUUUCCAUCUAAAAUCAUUUUUGAAUACUGCCUGAGACUCUCUACUAUAAUGAAAUAGUGUGUAAGGAUAGUAAGAACUGGAGCCUUGUAGCAAGUUCUUUCUUAAUUUAUCUGUUAUGCUUUAGCACUGUUCACAUUUUAAUUUUCUUGUAUCCACUGUGUAGGUACUUUAAUGCCAGUUUGGAAAACGCCAAUCUUUCUUUUUUCUUCUGAAGGCUCUCAAUGAUUAUACCUCAGGUAUUUCUGAGUAUCCUGUUGCUAGGAGGGAUACCUUCCCUGUGAAUUCAGAAUUAAAAGUUCUCCAGAAUUAUCAUGAUCCCAAAUCUUAUGUAAAUAGCUUUACCCAUGGGUCUUGGAAAAAAGUUAAUGACCAUUGUUAAAGUAGUUUUUAAAAAAAAUUUUGUACUCUAUGUCCUUGAUUUGACCUGAAUAAACAGACUUUGACAAAGGGAGGCAUGUUAUCGGCAGCUCACAAGAGCCUGUUCUCUAGAAAAGGUGUAUUUUUAUACAGUAUUCAAAGCCUGUUAUUUUUUUUCUGGUACUUAAUUAGUACUUGUUGUUCAAACACUGACUCUUGACAUCUGGAACCAGAGCUCUUGGUGUUCAGUGGCCCACUCCUCUGAUGUCGGAUGCCUGCAAGCCUGUACCCUGAGCGCAGCACAGCAGAGUCGACACUGAGUGGCCGCUUUGCCUUCACAGCUAUCAGGAAGUGGCGUGGGGCCCUCUGUGGCUGCCGGCGAGAUACUGUAGUAUGAUAUCUGGGGUUUGACUUUGUCAAAUGGCUCUUUGUGCACCUACCUUUGCUUUGUCGAAUGUAAAUCAGAUAAUAAACAUGAGUAUCUUCUUAAA